AUGUUUCACUCGAUACUGGUCUAUUCUCUCCUUUUUGUUAGCAUAUUGUUCAAUGUUCAAGGUUACGACAACGAUAAAGAUUUUCUACUUAGAAGCUUGAUUCGUCGACGGCUUGCUCGCUCAACCUGUCCUAAUUCAAGUCAGUGUUUAUCGAAAUGGGGUUAUUGUGGAACGGGAUCAGCUUACUGUGGUGAUGGUUGUCAAGCUGGUCCAUGCUCAGGAAGUGGAAACACUGGAGGUGGCCUUGACUGUCCCAAUUCCAACGAAUGUCGGUCGCGAUGGGGCUAUUGUGGAACGGGAUCAGCUUAUUGCGGUGAUGGUUGUCAAGCUGGUCCAUGCUCAGGAAGUGGAGGAACUAGCAGUGGAGGCAGUACAGGUAGCACUUUUCAAGGAGAUGCUACGUAUUAUAGCGUUAGUGUUGGCUACACAGCAUGUGGAACGAUGCACAGUGAUAGUGAAUAUAUCGCUGCAUUGAAUGCAGCACAAUUUGAUCCGUAUACGCCCAAUGGUAAUCCAAAUCGCAACAGCUUAUGUGGUAAGCUAGUCAAUGUAGUUGGCCCUUUAGGAACUGUUACAGUAAAAAUUGUUGAUAAAUGCCCUGGAUGUAAGUAUGGCGAUCUUGAUUUAUCCGAAGCUGCUUUUAGAGUCGCAAUUGGAGACUUUGGUAUUGGCCGUGCCAGAAUUACAUGGAAAUGGCUUUAA